AUGAUAGAGUGGCUGCAAAGACAUGGGGAAUCCUACGAUGAAAAGAAGACAAGAAAAGCAUUGUUGUAUGAAGCGGUUCAAAGAUUGAAGCCACCCAAAAAGAUCUACAAGAUUGACAACUUGCUGAAAGAAAAAGGUCAUACUGUGUUGAGACUUCCACCCUUCAUGUGCGACCUCAACGCUAUUGAGUUUGUCUGGGCUCAAGUGAAACAAUAUGUUCGACACAACAAUGCUUCAGGUAGUGUGUCCUUAACGAAACUAUUAAAUUUGGCGACAACGGCACUGGACUCAGUGACUCCUGCUAAGUGGAAAAAUUAUUGUGACCACGUGCAGCACAUUGAACAGGAGUACUGGGAGAAGGACGGCAUCACGGAAGACGCAAUAGAUGAGUUCGUCAUACGACUAGGCGAAGAUGACGAUGAUAGUUCCAGCUCUGACAGUUCGGAUGACCCUAGUGACCCUGAGUAUGAUGAAGAAUUAGCAGUACCAUUGCCGAUGGACACUGAUACAAGCACAGAGAACAAAAUGUUUUCUAAAUGA